CCGGAAGUGACGCUAUUGAUCUGCGAAAAAACCCAAACACACGUGUGUCCCGACCAAGCUAAAGUUAUCUAGCUAUCUAGUGACUGAACCGUCAACAAUGGGGAAGAGAAAACAGAAGAAUCAGAUCUUCAAUAAUUUAUCAAAAAAGCAGAAGAAACAUUUGAAAGAAUUUGGGGAGGAGCAUCCAUUCCAUGAUAUAGUCACAGAAAAGGCGGAGAAAACACAAAUAUUGGAUCUGCCAGACAGCCCAGUACAGUCCAGUGCUGAAAGUGACGAGGACAACGAACCAGAGCACAAGUCAGCAUACCAGAAGUUGUUGUCUACUCUCAGCAGCCCUGCAGACCACGAAAGCGAAGAUGAGAGUGUAGAUGAUGAAGAAGAGGUAGAAGAGCAUCUCAGUGAAGAAGGAAGUGAUGGAGAUGAGGAAUAUCAAGAAGCAGGAAAUAAUUUGACUGUGACACCAGAAGAGGCAGAUGAGGGGGAAGCAGGACCAAAUGAAGGGGGUGAGGACGCUAUGGAGGAUGAAACAGCGGGAGGAGUGGAGUUUGAGGACAAAGAACAUGAGUCUCAGUUCUGUCUGGAGAACAACUUCUCUGGAGAAGGAGAACAGGAGGGUGCAGAGAGCACUGCUAAACAAGAGGACAAGGAAGACUCCUUUAAGCUGCACCUUGACACAGAGAUUAGUGAGGAGGACGUAAAACGGAUCACUGCUGGCACUAAGGCCAAGGCUCAGGUCAAGUGGCCAAAACUGGGCACCCUCCUCUGCUCCUCCCCUCUGGAGAGGUUUGGUCCUGCCGGCCAGGAGAAAGACAAAAGGCCUCUGGCGCUCCACAAAGUCCUGGAAACUAACUGGACGUCUCUGAACCACACCUCCAACCCUAAGGGGGCUGUGGAGGAGGUCAGUCCACUGCAGCUGGAGCUGCUGUCUCUCAUGGGUUCCUACAGGGACGUGUACUUCCCAGAGAGCUCACCACUCACCGAGGGCCAGCAGGUCCGCAGUGCCUACUGCCUCCACGCACUCAACCACGUGCUGAAGGCCAACUCCGGCGUUCUGGGUCAUAAUGCCCAGACGAGGGAGAACCAAGCCGCGGACAAGGCCGGGGGGAACAAGGUCGAAGUUGAGCCACAGGAUGAGCCCCGGGACCAAGGCCUGACCCGACCCAAGGUUCUGAUCCUGGUGCCGUUCCGAGACGGAGCGCUGCGGGUGGUCCAGACCCUCAUCAACCUCCUGGAGACCAAGGGGAGGAAGAUGGAUGUCAGCAACAAGAAGAGGUUCAAGGACGAAUUUGGAGAGGAGCCAGUGGACACGCCACCCAACCUCUUCAGACCAGACGACUACACCGCCAUUUUCUCUGGCAACAUCGACGAUCACUUCAAGAUAGGAGUUUCCAUCUUGAGGAGAAGCAUUCGGCUCUAUGCACCCUUCUACUCCUCUGACAUCAUCAUAGCGUCUCCGCUGGGCCUGCGUACGGUGCUGGGGGUGGAGGGCGAGGCCAAGCGGGACUACGACUUCUUGUCCUCCAUCGAGAUACUGGUGGUGGACCAGGCCGACGUCUUCCUCAUGCAGAACUGGGAGCACCUACUGCAUGUGAUGAAGCAUCUGAACCUGCAGCCCUUGGACCCCCAUGGGGUGGACUUCUCCAGGGUGCGCAUGUGGAACCUGAACAACUGGGCCAAGUACUAUCGCCAGACACUGAUGUUCAGCUCUAUCCAGGACCCACAUAUCAACAACAUCAUCUCUAAGCACUGCUUCAACUACCGCGGCCAGGUUGCCACCAAGAAUAUGCCUAUAACAGGCUCUAUCUGCCAGGUUCUGGUUCAGCUCCCUCAUGUCUUCCAGAUGAUCAACUCUAACAGCUUCAUGGACCAGGAUGCAAGGUUCCAAUUCUUUGUGGACAAGGUCCUGCCCCAGUACAGGGACUCAGUCAUGUCCCACACACUCAUCUAUGUUCCCUCAUACUUCGACUACGUCCGACUGCGCAACUACAUGAAGAAGGAGGAGAUCAACUUUGCCAGCAUAUGCGAGUACUCGACCAAGUCAGAGGUGUCCCGUGCCAGGCACUUUUUCCAGAAGGGAGAUAAACAGUUUAUUCUCUUCACCGAACGCUUCCACUUCUACAAGAGAUACACCAUCAAGGGAAUCCAGAACCUGAUCUUCUAUGGGCUGCCCUCCUACCCUCACUUCUACAGUGAGGUGUGCAACAUGCUGCAGGCAGGGGGCCAAGGAGAGGAGGCUAGCUGGACUUGCACAGCCCUCUACUCAUGCUAUGACGCCCAGCGCCUUGCUGCCAUCACCGGGGCCCAGAGGGCCGCUCAGAUGCUGCAGUCCCAGAAGCCUGUACACCUGUUCGUCACGGGCGAAGAGAAGGGUCCUCUGGGCCCCUAACACACAGAUGGAAAGUGACUGAUAUCUGUAGGUAGGAAGAGGGAACUUCUCUUUCAACAGCCAUUUUGUUUUUACGACACAGGUCAUCAAUGAUGCCGAUCAUGAAAAUGUAUUGACUUUAGUCUGACAUGCUGUUGAAAAGAAUCUCUGCUUUCUAAUGAUACCAACUUUGUCUCUUUGAAUGUCAUUGAACAGUGAUUUUUAUAUGAAUACACCCAAAGUUUCUGUCAGUGUUUCAAGUAUCAAUGGUAUUAAAGUGAUGUUAGUUGAGA